AUUUUCUAGUGACACAUUACGAGCCUGAAUGGUUAAAAAGUUUAUAUUUUCUGCGAACUGUAAUGUCCAUUAGUCACAUUAAAUUACUUAAAUAUUAGUUUUUCGUGAGUUUGAUAGACAGUUACACAACGGGUAGGAUGCUGAGUUCCAAGCUGUUGACUCUGGUGAUAGUGGUCCAGCCUGGCAAGGUCCUGCUGGGGAUGAAGAAGCGAGGAUUCGGGGCUGGGUGGUGGAAUGGUUUCGGGGGCAAAGUGGAAGCUGGAGAAACUAUUGAGGAAGCAGCAAGGAGAGAACUCCUUGAAGAAAGUGGCCUCACCGCAGAUACUCUCGAAAAGGUUGGAAAUAUCAAGUUCGAAUUUGUCGGAGACAAGAAGCUGCUGGACGUUCACAUUUUCAGAGCCGACUCCUACACCGGGGAGCCAACUGAAACAGAAGAAAUGAGACCCCAGUGGUUCGACUUUGACAAAAUCCCCUUCAACCAAAUGUGGCCCGACGACUACAUGUGGUACCCGCUGCUGUUGCAGAAGAAAAAGUUUAUGGGCUACAUGGUCUUCCAGGGUAACGAUGUGAUCCUGAGCCACAAGCUGGAGGAGGUGGACGAGCUGUGAGGCAGGUGUCACAUGAUGUGAUUAUAUGCACUAUAAAACUGGCUGGAUGAUUCCUUGAAAUAUUACCAGUUGGAAUUGAAUUCUGAAUCAGGAUUUUUUUCAAAAUUGCACUUUGCUGAGAAAAUGACUGUCAUGCAAUGCAGUUAUUGAGCUAAAACACCAAGAAAUAGAGCACUAAAAUUAAAAAGGCACAGCAUAAUCAGGGAUGUGCAUUGUAAACAUGAUUAUAAUGAUUGUAUCCACUUUUCAUCAAUAAAAUAGUAUUUGCCAUUCUAUAAAUACCAGCAGCAUAUGAUAACAUCUGAGCACACCAAAUAUCCUCGUCGGAGGAGGAAAAAUGACCUUUUUGGACACUGCUAGUCGUUUCGUAUUCACACAAAAAUUCACAAACUGCGGCAUUUCAACUUUGUAUUUAUUUUUCAGCAAAAUAUCACUCAAGCUUAUUCAUUUGCGAUACAAACAUAUUUGUGCAAUUGUGACCAAAGUGUUCCUUUGUCUUCUCUGCAAAGUGUGCUUAUGUUUGUCGAUUAAGAAGAAUAGUGUUUAGAACUUAUUCCACAUACAGUGACGGUAUCAAUGCUAGCGUUGUCAUAGAAGUGCCGUGGCAACAGUGCCUUUUAUUCAGUAACUCUGAGCUAAGGCACUUGGAUUUAGCUUAUGAAACAAACCUGGCAGUCGUGUGACACAAUAUAACCUCAGCAGGAUAGCAUGAUGCAUAUAGUCAAAGAAAUAGUAUAUAUAGAAACAUGAUACAUUUUUUGUACUGUAAUCUGUAUCAAAAAUCCUUCAACUCAAAACAUC